GAAGACUUGGCCUUAUAUAAAGAAAACUACAGCGGUAUGGGGAGCAGUGGUCUGAGAAAUUAUCCUUCAGAGCUUGAGUUGUUGACCAUAAUUUCUUCAGACUGGAACAAUGCUGUGUCUGAGGAGCUGUUCAGAUGUCCGCAGAUGGCUCACCUUUGCGACCGGUCUAGUUGAAUGCCUGUGUUUUGCUGGGGCAAUAUUCGGAUGGGCGUCCCUUGUUUUUGUUCUUAAAAGUGAAGGAUAUUUCAGCUCAUUGUGUGUAAACUCCACAAUAAACGGCACCCACACACUAGAUUGCCGUGGGCAGGAUGAGCAGUUUUCUCUGGUCUUUACUAUUGCAUCUUUCAUGAACAACUUUCUAACUCUGCCCAAUGGUUUCCUGUUUGACCGCUUUGGGACUACUGUGGCUCGUCUCUUUGCGAUAUUUCUUUACACUAUGGGCACAUUAUUGGUGGCAUUUUCCUCUGCAGUUCUCUCCAACCUGCUAUUUCCAGCUAUGUCUUUUCUGGCAGUGGGUGGACUCUUACUCCUAAUGACAAAUAUGCAAGUGGGAAACUUGUUUGGUGCUCGCCGCUCCACAAUCAUCACACUGUACAACGGAGCAUUUGACUCUUCCUCUGCUCUUUUCCUAAUCAUCAAGCUUUUACAUGAGACCGGUGUCUCCCUCCGCGUCUCGUUUCUGUUUCUGUCAGUCUGUAGUGUCAUUCAUAUGCUCAGGACUUUCUUCCUUCUACCUCGAAAAUUCAUCCCCUACCCACUGCCAGAGCAAUACACUUAUGGGAUUUCCUGUGGCCGAUCCCAGUCUCUGAGUUUAGAGUCAUCCACAGAGAACGGCUCUGAGAAAGCGUCUUCAGAAGAAACGCAGCUAAAAACUGACAUCACUCCAAAACAAGAGAGGAGUUUCCGUGAGUGCCUGCUGUCAUGGUUCUUCUUUUGGCACCUCAUCUGGUUAUCAGUGAUGCAGCUGCGCCACUAUCUGUUUAUCGGCACACUCAACCCAAUGCUCCAGAGGCUCACAGCAGGGGAACCUACACUGGUGAGCCAGUACAUCAAUGCAUUUGCUGUCACUCAGUUGUGUGGAGUUCUGUGUGCGCCCUGGAAUGGCCUCAUCAUGGACAGACACAAGGGCAGACCCCGAGCUCCAGGAGAGAGUGAGCGUGAUGCAGACCUCAGAGCCUCGGUGCUGUCUUUGGCCCUGACGGCAUUUCAGUGUGUGAUGUUUUCUCUGUGUGCAACCAUCCCCUCUCUGCCGCUACAGUACGCCACCUUUAUUCUACAGGUGCUCAACCGCUCCUUUCUCUAUGGUGGCAACGCGGCCUUUAUCAGUGUGGCUUUCCCAUCAUGUCACUUUGGAAAGCUGUAUGGCCUGGUUAUGGCUUUGUCUGCCCUGUUUUCAAUCCUGCAGUAUCCUUGUGUAACACUGGUAAAAGAUGUUUUAAACGGAGACCCGUUUUACGUGAACGUUGGUUUGACCAUUUUGAGUCUUUUGGCUUUCAUUCACCCGAUCUAUGUCCAUCUCCACUGUCGCCGUCAGGCAGCUCAGCGCGCCAACACACUGUAAACACUGUCUGUAUUGUAUGUUCAUUUUACAGUGUUCCUUUAAAGAUGCUGUUAUUAUUAUUAUCAGGAGCAAAAGCUUGAAGCUUAUACUGUUAGAAAUUGGGAAUUAAGCUGGACAUAGCAAAUGUAUUACUAUGUAUCAUGUAUAGCAAUUGUAGCAAUUACUAUGUAUGUGCGUGAGAUUGUAUAUUGUUAACACCUGUUAUUUUUAUGAAUUAUGUUUUUUUAUAUUUGAUUUGAUUAACAAAUUAUAUGUACUUUAAAAAAAAAAUAUAUAUAUAUAUAUAUUACGAUUAUUAUCUGAUAUUUCACAGCAAUUUCCAACUCACCUUGGUUUACUGCAGUGCUUCUCAAUUAUUUUCUGUCAUGCCCCCCCUAGGACGAAUAAAACAUCUCGCGCCCCCCCGCGUGACUAUAGAUAGUAUCAUUUGUCUAUAAAAUUGUUAUAAGUACACCUGUGCGUAACACUGCCACCUUAUAUGACGCCAACAACGCUCGCUGGUUUACUGAAGUAGCAGUCAGGAAAUGCGGGAUGAUUGUCUGCAAUAUUCGGCACGUUUUCGCUGAAAAAUCUCAAGCGGCUUAUCAGAGUGAUUGGGGUGUAAUGUAUUUAAGUGACGCCUUAAUUUAUUGGGCUUCAUGCUGUCCGCUGCCAACAUUUUUAGACACAGUAAGCACACCGGUCUUUCCUCGUCUCCCACCGUAGUCACAGUGAAGCCAAGCGCUACAUACGCUUCAUCAUAUUUCCUCGUCUUAGCUUUUGGGAGAUUUUCGUUUGUGUCUUUAUCUCCGUCUCUCUCCACCUGUCUUCUCAUCCCUGUUAAAUAUUUUUUCAUGGUGU